AUGUCUGCUCUGUCCAUGGUGUACCAUAAGAAGUUCAUGCGUGUGUUUCUGACCAACCCUCUGGCCUUCCGAGUCACAGCCAGACACUCCUGGGACGACACCAACAACCACAUGCUCACCCUCACCGCCUUCAGUCACCUCUGCAAGAAGGCAACCACCACAGUGAUGGUAUACAUCCCAGAAGCCUCUCUGUUGUGUAGGUCCUCCUCCUUCACCUUCACGCUACAGAACUCCUGCCCCGAGGGACUCCAAAUCGUCUAUGUCUCCCGAAAGCCAAUCAGUGACCACGAAUGGAUCCACACGGAUCCAGUAGAUCACAUGGACAACAAGAGGCUCUUCAACCUGCCUGUGAACUACCGGCCUCCCUCCCAACUAGGUGUUUUAAUCCCGACCACAGACAAUAUCUAUAACGCUGACCCAAGUCAUCCCCACCCCAGACAGCACUACCCCAUCUCCAAGAACUCUGGUCGGUAUAAGCAGUGUGCAGGGAAAAGGUCAGCAGAGGAAUGUGGCUGUACAGACAGACUGAAAGUCUCUCCUCUAGCCAUCAACUCUGACUGCAGACAGAGGGUGCUGAGGCUAACGUUUCCUGUGACUGACUUCAACAUCACCUUGUUCCUGAGGAGAACCAACCACGCUGACCACCCGCUCUGCUCUCCUUACUUUGUUACUGUCACGGAGGUCAACAACCGGACCAGCUGGAAUGUCACAGGGACCCAUGCCACCCCCACCAUGGACAGGAUGAGACAAUAUUUUGAAGACAGUCUAAAGAACAAUCUCUACAACCCAGAGGGACUGCAGAUCAGCUUUUAUGUAAAUCAUCUACAGUCUCCCUGA